AUGCGACGGGAACAUAUCCAUGCAUGUCCACUCUGGAGAAACGAGCACCCAUGCAAUGACUGUGUGCUCAUCAACACUGAUUUGGAUGCUCAAGGCAUGCAAGGACUCGAAGUUGCAAGAAUCAUAUGCUUCUUUUCUUUCAAUCACAACUGGGAAGUAUAUCCAUGCGCUCUCAUUCAAUGGUUUGAGAAGAUUAAUGAUUGUGCUGACGAAGACACUGGCAUGUGGAUGGUCUGCCCCAGUUUCCAUGAGGAUGGUUCCCGGAACCUUGCUGUUAUUCAUAUUGAGACAGUGUUCCGUGCAGCAAACCUGAUACCUAUAUACAGUUCGGAGUACAUCCCUCAUGGCCUCAAGUUCUACCAUUCCAUUGAUUCUUUCUGCUCAUUUUAUGUCAACAAGUUCGCUGAUCACCACGCCUUCAAGAUAGCCUCCUGA